GCUAUAGUGUUUGUAUUUUAAAUCUGCAUUGAAUACAUGCGCAAUCCAUUGUUACAUGAAAAUUGUGUGCGCUGUCAAUCGUUCUUGUUUGAUGUUUGUGUUCAUCAGCCAGUCAGAUAAGUUUCGUAUUAAUGUGUAAACACCGCAUACUUCCAGUAAAUUUUGUUUAUUUCAAAAUCGAGGAAGAACACCGAAAGUUGCUGCCGAAGGAAUUGAACUACGCAUUUAUAUUGUAAGGGAGAAUUCACUAAUUUUCGUUCCUCUUUUCUGCACUAUAAAUUCAAUGAAGCAGACACAAUAGUGCGUAAAAUUGCAUUAAAUCUGAACAUUCAAAUUCGAAAUUAUUUGUUCUUAUUUUCAUCGGUUUUGAACAAAAAUAAACUCUCCAAUGGGUCAAUGAGUAAUAAAGUUAUCAGUGAUUCACUUCAACACAGUUGAUAUUAUUGGGUAUAUUUAGAAUAAUCAAAUUCAUUCCUGCAAGCAGCCAGUGGAAACACUGUGAAAAAGCAACAUUUUCAUUAGCUGAGACAUCCGAUCGUGAACGUUUAACAAACUCUUCAAAUAUCAGUUUGUCAAGUCUUCAAACCUGAAAUACUGCUUCAUGCCACUGUCCGAUUUGUUGCUCAUAAUCUUGAUAUAUUCUCUCUUUGGAUGGAAUAUUGAACUUUCUGCACAAGAAAUUAGCCCCAAAGAAAGGAAAAUGGAAAAUAAGCCAAAGUACGAUAUUCUUUUGAGCCAAGAAUCUUUAAACCGAUUGGUUUCGUACAAAAAUGAUUUGCAUACGCACAAAGUGCAGCCCGGUUCGUAUCUGCGAGGAAUUUUGGAAGCAAAUAAAUCGCAUCUCAAUCAAACGUCAACUGAACGUUUCAUCGAGCUAUUAUUGUUGACCAAGAAGCCCAUCAUUUUUGCUGAGAGUGAGAUUAGAGGAGGUGGACUCGAUUGGAACGAAAUUGAAUUGCAAAUAUUGGGCGAUUUGUGCAUUGCAAUGAAUGUUGAGAUUUACGACAAUGGUGUGUGGGACUCAUAUAACGAGAGAUUCCAUACGCAUAAUCCACCAUUGAAUGGAACUUUGCUGUUUACACCCGGACCGUUGCUUCGAGGUUCCAUCAUAGGAAUGCCUCCCGAUUUGAACGAAGUCAUUUCGGGCAGUGACAUCGAUCAAGAUAAGUAUAACCGGUUGGUUGAGAGAAGAUUAAUGCCGCUGCUGAGUUAUGCCAACGAAAAUGCGAAGAAAGACAAUCAACGUGCGUUGGUCACUAUUCCUGGUAUAGGAUGCGGAGCGUUUGCGGGAAGAUAUCGAGGAAAAAUGGGUGAACGUUUGAAUCAAGCUUUGCAGAAUAUUUUAAGAAAACAUGCAAGAAACUACCAUAAUAUCGCUUGCAUCUAUUUUGAUCCACACCGCGAAUGCACAAAUGGAACCCAACAAUUUGAUCGUGUGAGCUAUCGCGUACGGCCUGCAUUCCAGAAUAAUGGCCGAUCUCAAUUGUGCCAACCGAACGAAUACGAAGAAGAAAAGGACAAUUUUUCAGAUUGCAAGUUAUUUAAAAUUGUUGCAUGGGAUCAUGUAUCGUUUCCUGGAAAUGAUUAUUUUGCUGAGUCGAGAAAUACCGACGAUGGCGUUUCAGCGGCCGCUACAAAUUCCAUGGAAGUCAUAACUGAGAUCAAAGGCACAUACGAUAAGUGGCACUAUAUUCCUCCGGAUGGUUAUAGCAAUUGGGAACAAGUGGCUCAUCGAAAUAAUGUCACUUUGCGAGCAAAAGAUAAUGUGAAGGUGGCUACGCCAGAUGGAUCGUUGAUUGAUUUAAAGGAAUAAUAUUCCAUUGAUGUUGAUAAUAUAUUUGGCUCGGAGAAAAAAAAAAUCACAUUUUGUACUUGAGAUCGCAAUUUUAUAAUAAAAAUAGUAUCAUCAUAUUCAGUAUGAGA